AUGAAAGAAAAUCCCUCUAUUAGUAGCAAAUUCAAAAAAACAGAAGAUGAAUUGAUAUUAGAUUCUCAAGAAGGUUUCCUCAAAUAUGAAAUAAAGGAAAAAAGUGAAUUUAGUAAUGAAAAUUAUUUAAAAAAUUAUGCUAUUGAAGAAUCCAAUAUAAAUUUAACAAAUAAUAAUAAAGAUAAAAAUGAGAGUUUAAAUGAAGAGGAAAAAGAUAAACAAAACGACAUAAUAAAUUCACAAAAUAUUUCAAAUAAUAUUUUAAUACCAAAAGUAAUUAAAAAAUAUGUUAAUAUUACUCAUAAGGAAGAAGUUGUAUCAUAUAUUUAUACAUUAGUUUCAUAUAAAAAUUAUAAUAUUUUUUUUAUAACUCAUAAUGGAAAAUUUGCUUCAUGGAUAUAUACUUAUAAUGUUAUUUUACCUUUCUCAGUUGAUCAAGAAACUGAAAUAAUUUUUGGGGAAAGAAAUUAUCCUCUUUUGGAAAUUUUUUGUUCAAAAUUUAUGAAAGAUCAUGCAUCUUUAUUAAAAUAUAAACCAAUUAUAUUUGCAUUGUCUAUUUAUAAAAUGAGUUUUGAUGAUAAAGACAUCUUAAAUCAAAUUUUUGUCAAUUUGAGUAAUAUAAUAAAAUAA